AUGGCGGAUGAACCACCACCCCUCUUCCCUGAAGACGAGAAAAUCGAAACACAAGAAGAGUCUGAUGAUAUUUUUCAGGAAGUACAGGAAGAAGCAACACAGGAAGAAAAAGGCAGUGAUGAACAUGAAGAUCUGUUUGCAGGUGUAGGAGAGGAGGUUUCUCUAGACGAUACACCAGCAGAACAAGAACCUGAGCCAGAGCCAGAGCCACAGCCUGAACCACAACUAGAACCAUCCAAUAUCGCCCCGGAAGCAAUACAUCCACCAACGGCAGUUUCAGUGUCACCAGUAGCUGCGAUAAAAACAAAGGAUGAGAUUAAAGAAGAAGAAGGCGGAGACAAGUAUGAAAUUGAAAUCACUGUUACAGAUCCCCAGAAAAAAGGCGAGGGAAUGAAAGCAUACAUGGCAUAUAAAGUUGCUACCCGGACAAGCAUGGCAUUGUUCAAGAAACCAGAAUUCUAUGUGUGGAGAAGAUUUAGUGACUUUCUGGGUUUGCAUGAAAAGUUGGUACAGAAACAUGCCCACCAAGGGCAUAUAGUGCCUCCUGCACCUGAGAAAAGUCUAGUUGGUAUGACACAAGUGAAAGUCUCCAAAGAUGAGAGUGGGAACACAGAAUUUGUUGAGAGAAGACGAGCGUCUUUAGAACGAUACUUAAAUCGCACUGCUGCUCAUAAGCUACUACGACAGGAUCCUGAUUUCAGGGAUUUUCUUGAGCGUGAUGAGCUACCACGUGCUACAGGUACCUCUGCUGUCAGUGGUGCUGGUGUCAUGAGAUUGUUUAACAAAGUGUCGGAUACAGUAUCAAAAAUUACAUCCAAAAUGAAUGAAUCAGAUCAGUGGUUUGAAGACAAGAGUCAACAGAUUGACAGCCUUGACCAACAGCUAAAGAAAUUGCAUUCUAGUGUUGAAGCAUUGGUAAAUCAUAGGAAAGAUCUUAGUACUGCUACUGCAACUUUUGCAAAGAGUGCUGCAACACUCGGCAAUGCUGAAGAACAUACAGGCCUGUCACGUGCACUGGCUCAGCUGGCUGAAGUGGAAGAGAAGAUUGAACAGCUCCAUCAAGAUCAGGCCAAUACAGACUUCUUUGUUUUAUCAGAGUUACUAAAAGAUUAUAUAAGGGUUUUCCGUGAACGUGAAAAAGCCUUCCACACAUGGCAGAAUGCACAAACCACACUAAGUAAGAAACAAGAACAAGAAGUCAAAUUACAAGCAAGUGGUAAACAAGAUAAAGUGGCGCAGAUACAAGAUGAAAUCAAAGAUUGGGAGAGAAAGGUUGACAAUGGUCAAGAAGACUUUGAAAGAGUUUCCAAAACAAUCCGUAAAGAAAUUGAAGCGUUUGAGACACAACGUGUACAAGAUUUCCGCUCUGUCAUAGUCAAGUACUUGGAAACAUUAAUGGACUCACAACAACAGCUAAUCAAGUAUUGGGAAGGUUUUCUUCCUGAAGCCAAAGCUAUAGCAUAAACUAUAUUAUACCAACAGUCUGCAUUUACCAGUUUUAUUUUACGUUGUGCUGAUUUAAGUCCAAUCCUAGUUGUAUGAGCAUGACCAAGGUGACAAAGCAACAAUGAUGUGUAGUUCAAAUUCCAAAGGUUUCAAAACCAGUGCAUCAGAAUUUGUAUUAGAAAUGUCUGGGAGUAUGAUUUGUAUUAUUUAAAAAUGGUAGAAGGGGUUUUGAAUUAUGGCAUCUUUCAGGAGGGUAUCAUCUAAAACUUUUUUUGAUUGUGUGAUUAGAUCAGUGUAUUGACAAUCCAGCAAAUAUCUGCUAUUUUGAGUUGUCUAACUUUUGAUUGGUUUUAAAUUCAGUUGUAAUUUUAUGUAAACAUGCAAGACUCGUGUGGGACUCACUUGAUUCAAUAUUAUCAUGUAUAUAUGAUAGCAUAACCAGUUUGAUUUAAAUGUAAGAGAUCUUCAACGAAUCAUUGUGGUUCUCUGUAGUUGUUGUAAAUGCUGUCAAACUGUUUUUUUAAUAUCAUGCAGUCAGUCGUAUCGAAUAUGCCAUAUUGUGCUUGGUUAUUUUGAACCAGAAUCUGUAAUGUAAUACCAAGAUAUAACAUGUUCUUGUGUAAUAAUGGUGACUAGAAAUGAUCCAUCUUCUUUGAGUCCCAGAAUUACAAUUUUCUUGAGUAUGACACCACAAUAUGCAGUUAAUGUGACUUGUUUUGAGAACUCAACAUUGUAACAAAAUUCUUUUCUGAAUCUGGUUGAAAUUUAAAAGCAGAUGAAAGAUACCUGUCAUACGUAUGGCAGCUUUCAACUUUCUGUCAGCAGUGUAACAGAAAAGACAUUGUUAUUAUUCUAGCAUUGUGUUUACCAUGACAAUAGUCAUCACACUAUCAUAACCAUGUCAAUGUUUGCUCACUUUCUUCAUCAUAAAUGACUUCAAAAUUGUAUUUGUUUUGUCAAACAUUUUUCCCCCGAGUAGUUACCAAAGCAGUAUGUAGUGGGCAUUUUUACUGUUUGUUGUUUCUCACAUACUGCCAUAUAAGGGUACCUUUCGCACUACUUCACAUGUUAAUCCACUUGUUUUUGUCAGAAAUAUUGAAAACUGUAUAUCAAAAUCUAUAGAUGGUAUCAGAUUUUGUGUUCGUCUAAAAUUGUAGGAAGCGUACAUAGUAUUUACACCAUUCCAAGUGCGCUGCAUCAACUAGUGAUGAAUCGUUGAUGGUUCUGUAAUCGUUCUUCAUUUAAUAUAGAUCUCAAAAACAAACUUUUAUAGUAUGAAUCAUUUUAACAUUUAUGUCACCGCAGUGCGCAUUUGCUAGGGAGCAGAUCUUACUGGAAAAGUCUGAAAAAAUCCGAUGGUAAAGAAUGCAACCGUGCUAUGCAAUGAUUUACUAAUACCGGUAGUUAACACCUUUCAUUAUUAUGUAGCAUCCACACGAUGCAAAUUGACUCAUAUAGCGGACCGCCUAUUAAGUUUUGAUCACAGUUUUUGUACUUUCAUCACCAAUCUCAAUGAAUAAAAAUGGUAAAGUCAGAAACAAGUUGUCAUACUACAAUAUUGUGGCUUAAGAUAUUUUGUCUUUAUGAAAAAUAUACAAUCGUUGUAUUUUAAUGUCUGUGAAAGGUUAAAAAUUGAAAUGUAGUAAAUCUGAUGUAUAAAAAAAAUUAAGUUGCUGUUUUAUAUCUCUCAUUUCAGGCAAAAUAAAUGUUGUCUCAUGAUUCUGUGUGUGUAUUAUCCAUACAUGCACAUUUUGAACGUCUGAUGAGAUUUUGCAAACU